AAGAUUUGCUUUAUUGCUGUACUGUUUUCUUCUACACUGGUGUGUUAGGCGUUCACCCCCUCCGUCGUCCCUUCUCUUCGCUCCUCUGUUCCGACGCGGCGUCGCUUCUCUUGGCUCCUCCGUCCCUCCGCCGUUGGUGGCGUGCUUGCGGCGAGAUCUACAGCCUUGGAAGAGGGUUUUGGGGUUUUGGGUGAAUCUGCGAUUCUUCGAAUCAGGUGAGCGUUGUGUGUGUUUUUGAGUUUGACUAUGGCAGUGGAAGAUAAGUGGUGCGUGGUGACCGGAGGUCGCGGUUUCGCUGCUCGGCAUUUGGUGGAAAUGCUGAUCCGUCAGAACGAGUACUGCGUUCGCAUCGCCGAUUUGGAAGCCAGCAUUGUUCUCGAGCCCGCCGAGCAGUUAGGGCUUCUCGGACAGGCCCUGCACUCUGGCCGGGCUCAAUAUGUCUCGCUCGAUCUUCGCAACAAGGCCCAAGUCCUAAAAGCGUUGGAGGGAGUUGAGGUUGUCUUCCACAUGGCUGCUCCGAACUCUUCCAUUAACAACUACCAGCUUCAUCAUUCCGUCAAUGUGCAAGGGACCAAGAAUGUCAUUGAUGCUUGCGUGGAGCUGAACGUGAAGCGUCUCGUUUACACCAGCUCUCCCAGCGUCGUCUUCGACGGCGUUCAUGGAAUUCAUAACGGAAACGAAACAAUGCCUUAUGCGCAUUCGCCUAAUGAUCAUUAUUCAGCGACGAAAGCCGAGGGUGAGGCAUUGGUUAUUAAAGCUAAUGGAACUAAUGGGCUCCUAACGUGCUGCAUACGCCCUAGCAGCAUUUUUGGGCCUGGUGAUAGGCUGUUGGUGCCUUCCCUAGUUGAUGCUGCCAGAAAAGGGAAGUCUAAGUUCAUUAUUGGUGAUGGCAAUAAUGUUUAUGAUUUCACAUAUGUUGAAAAUGUGGCUCAUGCCCAUAUAUGUGCUGAUCAAGCUCUAGUUUCAGAAGGACCAAUUUCAGAAAAAGCUGCAGGAGAGGCAUAUUUCAUAACAAAUAUGGAGUCUAUGAAAUUUUGGGAGUUCGUGUCAGUGGUAGUGAAAGGUCUUGGAUAUGAAGGGCCAAGAAUAAAGAUCCCUACCUUUGUUAUCAUGCCAAUUGCACAUUUGGUGGAGUGGAUAUAUAGGCUACUAGGCCCAUAUGGGAUGAAGGUGCCCCAGUUAACUCCUUCAAGAAUAAGACUCACAUCUUGCAGCAGAACUUUUGAUUGCUCAAAAGCAAAGGAUCGCCUUGGCUAUGCACCCAUCGUAACACUACAGGAGGGUCUGCGGAGGACAAUUGAAUCAUUCACACACUUGAAGGCUGAAAAUCAACCUAAGACUAAAAGAGAAGGUCCCUCAAAAGCUUCCAAAUAUCUUGGAAGUGGAAGAGUUGCCGACACAUUGCUUUGGAAGGAUAAAAAGCAAACUUUCAUCGCAUUGUUAGUCUUGAUUGCAAUAUACUUCAACUUCAUUGCAUCGGAAAAUACCAUCAUUAGUGCUCUGACAAAGCUUCUAUUGUUUGCAUCGAUCUUUUUAUUCAUUCAUGCCAUUCUACCUGCAAAAAUAUUGGGGUUUACUCUUGAGAAAAUACCCAAAUCAUGGUUUCACUUAUCAGAAGAUUUGUCUCAUCAAAUUGCUCUCUCAGUGGCCUCAUCAUGGAAUAUUGCUGUGAAUGUUUUGAAAUCCCUUGCAGAAGGGAAUGAUUGGGUGCUGUUCUUCAAGGUUGUUCUCUCUCUGUUCAUUCUCAGCUUCCUUGGAGCCUUUUCACUGCAGAGCUUGUAUACUAUAGGGGUUACCUUUGCGUUUAUAGCUUUCUACGUAUACGAGCAGAAGGAGGAAGACAUUGAUGACCUAUUCAUCAAAACACAUUCUUUUGGAUGCAAAUUGAAAUCUGAUCUCACCAGGAAGUUUCUUUCUUCGAAGAAGAUUGAUUGAUAGCUUUUGUAGCACUAGCUUUUUUCUUAGUUGCACCUUACUUAUCCGUUGGAGUUCUUUGUAUGAUUGUACAAUAAUUGUAAUUUAAUUUGAUAUAGCCAACUUGCAAAUUUUUUUAUAGAAAAUUCUUACUUUGAAGAGUUGUACUCAUUAACUGUUGGAAUUUCAAAAUUACGACAGUUAUCCAGGGAUGGGACACAUUACAUUGAAUUAAUGGUGUUGGGCUAUGUAGCUAAGUUUAAAUUAGAAGUAAGGAUGACUAUGCCGAGGGGUGUGUUGAUUCCCAUUUCUAUAAACGAGUAUUCAUUAUCGUACAGGUAAUAGGUAAUUUCA